CUUCAGGGAACUCUGUUGGUGCUGACUGUCCCGCCGACUGUCACUGCCGUCCCGAGAAGACAUGUAUCACCAGCGUAUGAAGAGAGUAUUGUUGCCGAUUUCUGUGUUGGAACAUUGGAUAGGAAUAUUGCUCUGCUGAGUCAAGAAAGAAAUAGGUUAGGGAUGGUGGAAGAGGAAGGUCAUGUGGUGAAGGAGAAAACAGAGGCACAGACAUCGGAAUGCCACAAGCUGUCUCACUGCUGCCCUUCCUGCUGGCGCUCAUGGGAUAUGCUUUUGCAGGGCUCAAUAUCUGGCCCUCCUUCCACGUUGCCCUUAGCAAUGCCAGUGUAUUUGUGGACUUCAGCACAAAAUCCAACAGCAGCAUCGUCUGCAACACGAGCCUCUCUCUGGUCAACACGGAAACCAACACCACUGUUCAGACCAGGACUCUCCCCGACAACCAAUCGGCCGGUAGGGUGGAGUUCAACUGUUCCUGCUUCCUGUACGCAGGAACUUUCCGGUUCCUGCUGAGGCAGACCAGCACCUCUGCUGUUUCUGGGGUUAAUGGCACACAUGACAGUGGAGUGGAAAGUACUACCUGGUGGUGGAGUUCAGAACUGCAGGUGCAGUGGCCCACCUUUCACAUCGCUGUGGACAGGGCCGGAAACCACUCAAGAUCUUUUCAGGUUGGGAUAUCCACUAAUGAACACUUUCAGGCUUGCUCCAGGGGUAUUGACUCGGCCCUCCUCCUAGAAGUCAGCUACAUGGAGUACAACCAGAUAGGACGAAUCACCAUCGACAAGGUCAAAGCCCGCACACAACACCCAAUCAAACCCCUCCGCUCCCAGAGUGUAGAGCUGUCCUGCGCCUUCCCCUUCACAGAAAGAGACUUCAUACGAGUAUCUCUAAGGUCUCCUCAUGCGGCACAGGAUGUGAAGAGCUCUGGGCCGCUCUACCUGUCCCGUAUCUUCUCCUAUAGGCUGCUAGUGGAAAACACCAACGCCUACAGGAGUGGUUGUGAAGGAACUAUGACUGUCAAACUGAUAACCCCACCUUGUGCCCACGUCAAUGGGAAAGUGUUGCUUUAUAAGGAUGCAGGUGGUGGUAGAAGCAUUGCUGUCUCCUCUGGGAUGGAUCCAGGAGGAACAGCACUGAACGGGUUUGGACCUGAAGAGCCCUCCUCACCUCUGUUGGCCUAUAACUGGCUGACUCAGGGAGAGAAUGAGACUGAGUUCAACUGUUCUGUGUUUGACACAGGAAGGUACAAGUACUGCUUUCGCUUCGUUUUCAACUUCAGUCGUUCCCCUAGUCCUGCACAGACCUGUUUGGUGGUUCACAAGAGUGCAGAGUCAUGGGGACCGUGGCUGCCAUGGAGUGUGUGCAGUGUGAGCUGUGGAGAGGGGGUGAGGGAGCGAGUGCGUGAGUGUUUGCUGCCCUCAGGUGUAGGAGGGAUGCAGUGCACUGGCAUGGUGAACGAACAGUCCCUCUGCUCACUGGAGAACUGUGUUGUGUUGCCUACCCCUUCUCCAUCCCUCCAACCUGUGGGUGUCGAUGUUGCACCCCUUGGUGGAAACAUAGUUGUGGUGGCAGGUAUCUCCCUUUGCCUGGCUGUGAUUCUGGCUACAGUUGUGGUGACUUUGUGGAGGAAGCUUUGCAAGACCCCCCAGUGCAACUCCGUCCGCAGAGGCUCCAUGCAUUCCCCUGGAGGACGCAAGCUUUCCGAUGAGGCGUCCAUUUGUGGCCACAGCCUCCAAAGACCCAGCCUGAUUGACGGCCAUGGCCAACAGGGGGGCAUAGGUGUGGUUGUCGGUGUAGCACAGAAAGACAGGCCUUCCUUAGGCAGUCAGCCUCUCCCACAGGACCCAGAAAGGCUUUCCCCCACAUGUCAGAAGAUGUUGCCACCAAUAUUUGGGUACCGAUUGGCUCAGCAGCAGUUGAAAGAGAUGAAGAAGAAGGGUAUAAAAGAGGCCAUUCAGCUGUACCAUGUCUCUUCAAGCCCAGUCCAUGACACCCUGGUAGAGACAUCUGCUUCACCCACAAGCUCGCUUAUUCCUACACCAACUCUCCCGUUAGGCCUCCAGGACGACGCAAACCACAAUUAUUUUCAAUCGCAGACUCCUAGGGCCACGUCAGACAGACUGAGUCCCAGAGCGGAGCUGGUCUUAGGUCCUUCUGCAUCUGCCCAUGCAAGAGGGGGCAGCUCAAAUAGGCGGGACCGCACCGCAGACUGGGUGGAGAUGGUAGAGAGGAGUGGGUUAGCAGGUCUCAGAGGAGGAGGGGGAGGAGAUGCAGGGAUGGUAAACUCCUAUCAUAAGAAUCCAAAUUUCCGCCGGACCUCCAGUUUUAAUGACACCAAACCCCAACCUCUAUCCUCUGUACACUCCAGGCAGUUCAGAGAAAGGAGCAUGACACAGGUGGGAUCUCGGACCCUUCCUGAAGGAAGUUCUUGGAAUAAAAGAGGACGAGAGAGGCAGCCAUACAGCUCCUACCCUAUUCCAGAGCACGGGACCCCAGACUGGGCUAAAUCCAGACCCCAGAGAAAUGACCAAAGUAAGCCAUGGAUAGAAACAGCUGUGACUUCACACAGCAAUGAAAUCAAACAUACAGGAACCAACACAAACAUAAUUUCAGCAUCUGAGAAACAUGUUCAAGCAGACCUCAGUGGCACUGUGGGAAGGCAAAGGAGUGGUGAGACAGGAGGUGUUCAGGGAAUCUCUGGGAUAGGGGGUCCAGCAGCGGGGCCUCCCAGCCUGAGUGUUGAUCGGGCAGAGCGUGCCGAGCAGAACUGGAACCGUCGCGGCCCAUCGCCUAUCCAAAGAAACAUCCUGGCUCGCAAAUUAAAGGAGGCUCAGUCGUGCUCGGGGGUCAGGGGCCGUCAGCGCAGCUCUACUUUUAGUGCAAUGCCUACGGAGCAGAGGACAGGUCGCUGCCACUCUCUGCCAAUGUCCGGCGGCUACACCGGCAGUGGUGGCUCGCCCUACAGGCUGAGCGAGGCAGAGCAGAGGAUGUUGGACCUCGAUCUGUCUUCAGCAUAUGAAGGGGAAGAGGAGUAGAGGUUUGUACUACACAGGAGGAAUUUCCAUUAACGUUUAUUCCUUACAUUAAUCCUUUCUGAUAUAUCUAUAAAACUUGAAAAUUGUUUUGUAUAUUACAUUAAACAAGAGUUUAUCUACAAGAAAAAAGAAUAAUUAAGUUUUUAUUUUUUAACCUUAAUUAUUUUAAUAUAAUGAAUUUGUUAUGUUCGAAAUGUUUUGGCUCUUGAGAAGAUAUUUUCAUUAAUGUAAUGGUUUACUUUUUACCAUUAUAGAUUGUACAUAACAUGACAUUGUACUCGUGUAUGCAAUGUUAAACACAAGCCCUAUCAAGGACAGUAUUCAAAAGACUAAAGAAGACAUGCUAGUCUUUUUGUUUUACACUACUGAAUUUGUUUUUAAGCUGUGAAGUUUUGCUGUACAGUAAGCAUUAAAAAACGUUGCUUUUGUCAGAACCACUCUCACGAUGAUGUUGUUUAGGGAAAAAUUGUCUAGGCGGUGUCAACAAACUGGAAUGUAUUCUCUGCAAAAAUGCAAAAGGAAGAGCAAAAGUAUGCAGUUAUGUUUUUGGGCAAACAACUUUAUAAAUGUCAGUGAGGCAUCAUGGCUGUUUUGCAGAUUGUUUUAUUGUUAGGAGUAAUACCAUACACUUAGAAAAUACACUUAUAGGAAAUAGUACUGACUGGAAAAUAGAAGAUACUAUCAUUAACAUUUGAUAAUGGUUUCAAAGGGUGCAGCAAAGGCAAACAAAUGAACACAAAGAUAUUAAUCAGUCUUUGCCUUCGUUUUUGAGACACACAAGGGAAUAUGAAGUGUGAUGUUUAAAUUUCUCCUGCUCCACUGCCCAUGCCGUCCAAGAAAACCAGAGGCCGCACCUUCAUGGCGGUGUGUCUGAUGGAAUACCAAAGGCCUUUCCAGGUCCCCCACACCACACCAUUGUCAUGCUGGCCCUUGUACUUCCCUUUGCGGUAGAACUUCCCAUUAAGGUUGGCUGCAUGACAUCUGUAUAUAAAAGGUUAGUACAAAAUGUCAAGGAUGUUACAUUUUCUACAAUGAAAAUUAAAUUGAUUCAACCUUUUUAAAGCAUUUUUGUCUUAAAAUGUUUUGUUUAUUUUUGGAAUAAAUUGGAAAGAAAUAUG